AUGGCGGAAGCGGCAUGUGGACCGUCGAAUGCGCUUUCGCAGUUCAAGCAACAUCAAGCCGUCGAUCGAUCCCUCCAACAAGACCGACUCACCAACCGCCACUUGACUCGCGGCGGGCCCCAAAACUUCCGCUCCACCAACCCCAACGCUGCUCAUCUCGACGCCGAUUUCGAAGCCUUUCAAGCCGGUUUUACCCCGCCAGUGCUGGAUCAUGGCCUGCUCUUGCACAACAACUUUCCCGUUCAAUCCUCACAUCCACAUCCACAUCAACACCAACAUCCCCAACCCCAAGAGACACCAUCGUGGGCGAAUGACUUCCAACACCUCCAAAUCUCCUCCCCGAAUGCAUCUUCCUCGAAUUGGGCCCAAGGAUUUCAGCAACACAUUGCACAAGGUGCGCCUCGAGCUCAGGCGUCAAUACAAUCUUCCCCGGCCUUUCAACAACAAGCGAGAUAUGGUCGGACGGGCUUUCAACCCUCCUUCACCCCACAGCAGAACUACCUCGGAAAUGGCAUGCAAUCCAAAGGAAAGGAGCCGGUCAUGGCGGAACAAUUCGACGAGGCGGCAUUCGAACGAGCCUUUGACAUGGCCAAGGAGGACAUGAWGGCAGAUGUGGAGCAGGAGCAACAAUCCAUGCAAGAUGAUCACGAUUUGGAAGCCAUGAUUGAGCGUGUAGAAGCUGCAACAGAGCAAGAAGCCACGAAAAUGUUGAAUCAAGUAGCUCAAGAAGAUGAGCGAUUCUGGAGGCCCGAAGAUACAAUCCACGGUAGUGAUAUCGAACACCAACCAUUGUAUGAACCCAUCCACGACGAACAGCGCCCCAUCCAAGACGAGCAACGACCAUCUCACCACGACGAUGACCAACUCGCCGCCACARCCCAAGAACUGCUGGAAAAGGUCUCYCACGACCAAUCGGACAAGUUCAAAAACAGCCAAUUCCUCUCUCUCAUGCGCAAACUCCGCGAUCGGGAAGUUCGCGUGGAAGGAGAUCAAAUGGUUGAGACUACUGCUGCGAACGCCACAUCCUCCGACAAUGGAGCAACACUAAACGCCUCUUCUGCUAGCAUCUCCAACCCUUUAGGAAUGGGAUAUCAACAACCUCAUCUUGUAGAUACCCGACCGCCUGAAUAUGGAAUCCCUCCACAUGAACAAGACCUCGAUUCCGGGCGUCAUCUAAUCCAUCCGAAUGAUGGGCAGGAUGUGGUGGAUCUUCUCGAGCAACCUGGCGCAAUGGCCGAGGUGGAAGAGAGUGUGCCCGAGGAUGCCAUGCCGGAAGAUUACCAGACGGAUGAUAUGGAUUCGGAGUUUCUCAUGACUUCCCCUUUCUUUCGGCCUGGAGGUGGGGAAGGGGGGAAUUUGUCGAUUUGA